AAGCAGCAGUCAUGGCUUGGCGCAACCAGGGAAUAACUGGCUCCAACAACAUCCCGCUUGGCCGGCGACGCAUGGGCGGCGAGGAUGGAGAGGAGGAAAGUCGCACUGUGACCCCUUCUUCUAUCCCCUCUUCGUCUAUGGGUCCCGAUGGUCCAAAGCGUGGGCGUAGCCCUGUUCGAGCCGAUCCAGCUCCCUUGAACACCGAUGGCGAUGGCAAGAGGCGCAAGAAGCGCAACCGCUGGGGUGACCAACAAGAGAAUAAGGCUGCCGGUCUUAUGGGCCUGCCGACUAUGAUCAUGGCGAACUUCACCAGCGAGCAGCUUGAAGCUUAUACGCUUCACCUUCGUAUUGAGGAAAUCAGCCAGAAGCUUCGAAUCAACGACGUGGUCCCCGCCGAUGGUGACAGAUCUCCCUCGCCACCUCCUCAGUACGACAACUUCGGAAGACGUGUGAACACUCGCGAGUACCGUUAUCGCAAGCGUCUUGAGGACGAACGUCAUAAACUGGUCGAGAAGGCCAUCAAGACCAUCCCUAACUACAACCCGCCUUCUGACUACAGACGCCCCACCAAGACCCAGGAGAAGGUCUACGUCCCCGUGAAUGACUAUCCAGAGAUUAACUUCAUUGGCUUACUCAUAGGACCUCGUGGAAACACCUUGAAAAAGAUGGAGACCGAGUCCGGUGCCAAGAUUGCCAUUCGAGGCAAAGGCUCCGUCAAAGAAGGAAAGGGUCGGUCUGACGCCGCUCACGGUAGCAACCAGGAAGAAGACCUGCACUGUCUGAUUAUGGCGGACACCGAAGAAAAGGUUAACAAGGCCAAGAAGCUUGUCCACAAUGUCAUUGAAACAGCCGCAUCCAUCCCUGAAGGCCAGAACGAGCUCAAGCGCAACCAACUUCGUGAGCUGGCUGCUCUUAACGGUACCCUUCGUGACGACGAGAACCAGGCUUGCCAGAACUGUGGUCAAAUUGGACACCGUAAGUAUGACUGCCCCGAGCAGCGUAACUUCACUGCGAAUAUCAUCUGUCGUGUCUGUGGCAAUGCUGGCCAUAUGGCUCGUGAUUGUCCUGACCGCCAGAGAGGCAGUGACUGGCGUAACGCCGGCGGCCCACGUGGCGAUCGUGCUGUUGGCACUGGUGAUGCCGUGGAUCGCGAGAUGGAGCAACUGAUGAAUGAAUUGUCUGGUGGUGCUCCUGGCGAAUACGAGCCCCGUCGCAUUGAAGCCGGUCCCGACAGUGGCAAUGGCCGUCCCGACGACCGUGAUGUGAAGCCCUGGCAGCAGCGUGGACCGCCGCCCCAAAGCGAUGUGGCUCCAUGGCAACAGCGCCGAGACCCUCGCCCUCGUGACGACUACGGAUCCCGCGAUAACUAUGGAUCCCGCGACAAUCAUGGACCUCGUGACGACUAUGGAUCUCGCAGCCAGGGUGGUCCUGCCCCUUGGGCUGCGCAGGGCCAACCCCAAGGUCCACCCCAAACCCGCGACUACGCUUACGGAUCUCAAGGCGGUUAUGCUGCUCCUGGUGUUGCUCCGGGUGCUGCUCCUUGGCAGCAACCGGCCCCUCCUGGCGGACAGCAGCCUGCCUAUGGUGGUGGUUAUGGUGGAUACGGGUAUGCGGCUUAUCCUCCUGGCAUGGGAGCUCCUGGUGCUGCCCCCCUGGUAUGGGCGCACCUCCUCCCCCUCCUGGUAUGGCUCCAAUGUACCCCGGAGGUGCCGGCAGUCCUCCUCCUCCGCCCCCGCCUGGCGAUGCUCCGCCUCCGCCGCCUCCAAGCGACCUGCCUCCCCCACCCCCACCCCCACAGUGAUGACCUCGCCUUCCCAGCGAAGAAAAAAGAUCUCAAUUCAAAUAGUUUGUUCAUGCGUGAAGAAAUUGGCUAUGGAGGCUUUGAAAGACAAUCCAACGAGGAUUUAUUUCAGAAGCCCACGGCUCGCUAA